AUGUUGUUGAAACUUCCUGCAUUGCUUUCUCUCCUCGUUCUUGGCGCCACUGCUACCCCUCGCGCUCACAAUUCCGCCUCGUCUUCCCACCAUCGUCGUCUCCUCAAAGUCCGCGGAUCGCCUCCGGCACUGGAUGAGGUUCCUGCCAAUUCGAACCCAGUGCAACUCGAAGAACGCGAUCUUUCAUCUUCGAACACCACCCAUACCAAGCGCCAAGGGCAAUUUACCGAAUUCUCUUGGUACGACACUCAAACAGGGAAUGCUGGCGCAUGUGGCCGUUUCCUGCUUAACAGCGAAUUCGUUGUCGCAAGGAGACAAGCGGAAUUCAACGCGGCGACAGAUUGUGGCAGGGCAAUCAGGAUCAACUAUGGCGGCAAAUCCGCAGUCGCUAUAAUUGAGGACAGUUGCCCCGGAUGCCACCCAGGUCGCGGCUUCGACCUUUCGCGUGGUCUCUUCGAGUUCUUUGAAUUCGACGCACAGCGUGUCGGUGUCAUUCACGGCACAUGGGAGUGGGCUGACGGUGCAGGAGGUGGUCCUGCGCCCCCUCCCCCAUCUCCUACUCCCGAUCCUCCUGCCCCGCCCCCACCCCCUCCUAGUUCCGAGCCCCCUGCUCCCUCUCCUACACCGGAACCACCCACCAGCGAGGAAUGGGUCCCUCCCAGCACUUCGGUCCGCCCAUCCUCUUCGGUAACUCCAAGCUCAACCCGGUCGCCUUCGUCAUCUGCUGUCCCAUCUUCCAGCGUCAGCGGUGCUUCACUUCGACCAACCGAUUUCCCCGAGCCUGGGGCAGUCAACAACCUUAACAGCUUGGGAGUCGUAUUCGUCGAGAUGGGUUCGGUUGCCGCGUAUAGGGGCGUCUUCACUGAGUGA